AUGCCCAAAAAGCCCGGCCCCUCUCUCCUCUGCGAGUGGAUGGUGGGAACAACCAUCAAAUCCGCUCUCGGCUCCCCUCCAAAACCUCAAAAGCCCAAGCAAAAAAAGCGCGACGUCAUCAAACUUCAAGUCACUACGGAUGACGAGUCUGGCGAGGAUACCCUCACGGUGACCUAUCCUCGACGUGAACGGCCGAGAGAAAAGGAGACGGAAGCGCCAGCGUCUGAGCCAGAACCAGAGCCUGAGCCCAAACCUGAGCCCACACCCGAGCCCAAGCCUGAUCCCCAGCCCGAAGGUAAGCCAGAAGUGGUGGAAGUGGUGAAGAAAGUUCGAUUCCAAAAAGAGGCCACUCCCGUCAAGUCUGCCAUGAAGAAGAAAACGUCGGUCACAUUCUGCGAGGAAGAAGAGACAACCUCGGAGUCCAGCGUGGACGCGAGUUCCAACUCUGGUUCCUCUGGACAGGCAACGCCUGAGGCCAGCUCAUCCAAUGGGAGCUCUGAUGGCGAAACGUCGUCUGCAGGAGAAUCUUCCUCCGACAGUUCUUCCGUUGCGGCUAAACCGUCCAAGCCGAAAAAGCUCACCAAGAAGAAGAAAGAAAAACCAGUCCAGAGUUCGGAGAGCGAAGCAGAUUCUGAGCCUCAUCCAACAUGUGAAUGCAAAGAAUGCGCUUUAGCAAGAAAGAAGAAACAAGAGACUGCUUGCGAGAAGAACAAAUGCAAGAAGAAGGGAAAACAUGCAGUUCCUCAGAAGAAAGAACCAGAAUCUGAGUCUGAGCCUGAGACCUCAGCCUCUGAAGCUCAGUCUUCGGCUGACGAGAAGCCCGUGUCAACAAAAACGUCCAACCAAAAGAAGAAAGGAGCAAAAAUAGUUGAGAUCUCUAGCAAUGAGGGGGAGACCUCGGAGUCGGCAAAGGAAUCUGAGACCGAAUCUGAAGUGAUUGUGAGGAUCACUGCCGGCAAGAAGAAACUCGACACGACCUCUGGAAAGGCUGGAAAGUCUGGGAAAAAGGCAAACAAUCCCAAGGAAGAGGGCAAGGAGAAACCCAAAGACAAAAAGGAACCUGAGGAAGCAAAGAAAGCGGAAGAGACAAAGAAGGUCGAAGAAGAGAAGAAGACAGAAGAAGCCGAGCCCGAGAGAACGUCGACUGACAAGGGCAAGGAAAGGGAAGUCGACGAGCCGCAGAAAUCAGCAGCUGUUGAUGGACAGAAGAUGCACCAACCAGGAGGCUACCAGUAUUCUCACUCUCGCCCACCGAACCUCAUCGCCCCUAUCCGGUCGGAGCUCAUGCAGACGGAGCGUGUGGUUGAAACACAAGACGACCCUCCUCCCAACGCAUACUACGAUGCUCUACAUGGCGUAGUUCGCGUGUACCACGGGUCUGUGUAUGGACAAAACGGCCACCAUAUGUUUGCUGCUCGCGAAAACGCAGCCGGCCCCCCGCAUCCUGCAAGUAUGCCUCAUUCUGCUGGAAUGCCUCAUCCAGCGCAGAAUCCGUAUUAUCCUGGGUAUAACAACGUCAUGCCUAUGCCACCUCCACAGCAACAACAACCACCUCACGGAUACGAGCAUGUUCCGAUCACCCAAGGCAUGCCGAUGCCAAGUUGGAACGCAAUGGUGCCACCUCCUGGUUACCCGCCGUAUGCUUACCCAGGACCACCUCCAAUGCCUGCCCCUUGGUACGAGAAUCCAUACAACAAACAAGGAUACAGAAGCGCCUUCAGCAUGUCCAAUAGCGCAGGUGGUACGCCGGACAGGAAAAAGGGCAGUAAAGCACCGGAGCCAAACAACAAUGUCAUGCCGGAGCCGGCAAAGGUAGAUACAACCCGAGAGAAGGUGCUCCGGUUUGUCGAUCAUGACAGUGCUAAUACUGACCUGGUGAAGCCCAACCCAUACUACAAGAAGCGACAGUCUCCUUUCAGCAACAUGGGAAGCAACCGCUCGAAUGGCAACGACAAGCCGCCGUCUCACUCCGGUAAUUCGAACUGCUCCAAGAAUAGCGGUGGCUCGCAACAGGGUCAAGACGGAGCUGGCAAUUGGGAUGCAUUCUCCCGAAGGAGUGUUGGAGCAUGGGCAAACAGCAGCGAUCAAGGCGCUCCAUGGGGAGGCAGCGGCAAUGGUAGUGCCACUAAUAAUAACAACAACAACAACAACAACAACCAGGGAGGUUGUGAUCAAUGGGGUACUGGCGGCGGUGGCAAUGACACCUGGAACACGAAUAAUGGCAACGACACCUGGAAUACGACGAACAAUGGCAACAAUACUUGGGGCACGACGAACAACGGUGACACCUGGGGCACGACGACAAAUAAUUACAACAACGACGCAUGGGGAACCACGAAUAAUAACAGCCAGUGGAACAGCACAGGAGCCGGUCAAUGGGGAACUGGCAGUGGAAAUGAUCAGAACAAUCAGGGAACUUGGGGCAACACUGACAACGCCAACAACGGCGGUACUUGGGGCGACAGCAAUGCCAACAACCAGCAACAGACGAACGAUAAUAGCGGAAACGAUGGUGGAGGACAAGGCCAGGAUCAAGGCCAGAACACUUCUCCGACAGGAGGAAAGGAUCCGACUCCCGCCAUGGUAGACAACAACGUCAUCCCCUCGUCCGCCGUGACGGGUCCGCCGGGUGAACACGAACAGUCGUCCAAGAUGCCGGGAAGCUGGUGCUCGGAUGAUAAUGGGCAGUCCGCGUUUGUGGACCCAACGUGGUCGUCGUAUCAGCCUCCGUCUGCGGUGCCCGAAUGGGCUGAUCCCUCGAUGGCGGCGAGCACGGGCGGUCAGGCGGACUUGUGGUGA